AUGGGUGCAUUCACUGAAUCUACAGUACACUUUUUUCAUGGAAUUCAUCGUUGGAAGACGCAGUUGCUGCUCCCGCGGGUUUGGUGUCGCAUCGGUUUAUUGAAAUACACGUGUUGUUUCUACCUGCUUAAAAAUGGCAGACAGCGAUAAAAGUAAGAAGAAGAGUAAGAAGAAAUCGCUUGGAGAAAUACAAGCUACAAUGAAGUGUCAAAUUGAACCGUCCACUGAUAUUGUAAAGCUAGAAUACAAAGAUUGGCCUCUUCUAUUUAAGAAUUUUGAUAAAAUGCUUACCCGUACAAAACAUUUCACACCUUUAACUUGUGGCUCGACACCAUUACAUCGCUCCUUAUCCGAGUAUGUAAAAUCUGGCUGUAUUAAUCUUGAUAAACCAUGCAAUCCAUCAUCGCAUGAAGUUGUUGCAUGGAUAAAGAGAAUUUUGAAAGUAGAAAAGACUGGUCACUCUGGUACCUUAGAUCCAAAGGUAUCUGGUUGUUUAAUAGUAUGUAUUGAUAGAGCAACUAAAUUAGCCAAAUCACAACAGUCUGCCGGAAAAGAAUAUGUUUCAGUUUUUAAAUUACAUUCUGCACCAGAAAGUGUUCAAAAGGUAAAGCAAGCAUUGGAAAAAUUACGUGGCGCACUUUUCCAAAGGCCUCCACUUAUAUCCGCAGUUAAGCGUCAACUUCGUGUCAGAACAGUUUAUGACAGUUGGUUCCUUGACUAUGAUGAAGAACGGAAUAUGGGAGUUUUCAGAGUUAGUUGCGAGGCUGGUUCUUAUAUCAGAACUAUGUGCGUUCAUCUUGGUCUGUUCUUAGGCACUGGUUGCCAAAUGCAAGAACUACGUCGAAAUCGUUCAGGCGUGCAGUCCGAAAAGGAUGAAAUGGUUACAAUGCAUGAUGUACUCGAUGCCCAAUGGUUAUAUGAAAAUCAUGGAGACGAGUCGUAUUUAAGGAGAGUAAUUAAACCUUUGGAAGCUCUCCUUGUGAAACAUAAGAGAAUUAUUGUAAAAGACAGUGCAGUAAAUGCUAUUUGCUAUGGGGCUAAAAUUAUGCUGCCAGGUAUUCUGAUGUAUGAUGAUGGUAUAGAACUAAACCAGGAAAUUGUAAUAGUAACAACCAAAGGCGAAGCUAUAGCACUUGCUAUAGCAUUAAUGACAUCUCCCACAAUGACGGCUUGCGAUCAUGGUGUCGCUGCAAAAAUAAAAAGAGUAAUCAUGGAAAGAGAUGCAUACCCGAGGAAAUGGGGUUUGGGACCAAAAGCUUCUGUAAAGAAACGCAUGAUAAUUGAAGGAAAAUUAGAUAAAUACGGAAAACCGAAUGAAAAUACGCCUGCUGAUUGGUUGACAAAUUAUACAGACUAUACUGCAGUUAGCAUCAAAAGUGAGGAGAAUGGUACUACUGAUACUGCGGCUCAAAAGCGCAAAUGGGAAGAAACUAUUCCAAAACCUGCACUCGAUGUUCCCAUAAAGCAAGAACAACCUGAAGAUCCAGAAACAGCAUCACCGAAAGAGAAAAAGAAAGACAAGAAAGAGAAAAAGAAGAAAAAGAAGGAAAAAACUGAAUCUGAAGCUGAUGAUUCAAUGGUAGUUGAAGGUGAAAGUCAGGAAACACCAGUUAAAGAGGAGAAAAAGAAAAAGAAAAAAAAGAAAAAUAAAGAUCAAGAUCAUGAAGCACUACCAAGUUGAACACACUUAAAAUAUGUACUUGUUAAAAGGAUAUGAUAAUCUUUUCGUGAAUUUAAAGGGAAAAAAUACGAUAUUUCAUACAAGAGAACGUCUCUUCUAUAUAAAAUCAAUUUUCAGAAAAUAUAUCCCAUUUUAUAACUUUGAAUUUGUAAAAAGGGAAUUUUUGUCGUCUAUACAUAUACAGAGUUUUCGAUAACUGGUGGUACCAGCGAAAAGGGGGUGAUUUUACAUAAAAAAUAAGUCGAAAAUAUAAAAUACAAAUUUUUCAUGUAAGGCUUCGUUUUCGAAAAAAUGGACUUUGAAUUUUCGCCGGGGACGGGUGUACUGGAUCAUGUCUCGUUAUAACGAAUUUUCGACUUAGUUUUUCAUGUAGAAUCACCCCCCUUUUGCUUGUAUCACUAAUUAUCGAACACUCUGUGUAUUAUUCACCGUAUUAAAUUACAGAGAAUACUUCAUAUGUCCUAUAAGCUUGUACAGAUCGUAAUUGAAAACAAUCUACAUUUAAUAAUCGCUCAGAUUAUAUUCCAAAACUUACAAUAAUACAGCAUCAUUUUUUUCUAUUAAUGGUAAUGUAUGAAUAAAAUAAAAAUUACUAUUGGAAGUUAAGUUCCAUAAACUUCGGAAAUAAUAAAAGUGUAUACAGUUACAAUAUUUUAUAUCAACAAAUGUACAUAGCGUAUUACUUCUAUUUGCAGAGUAUUAAAAUAUUUUGCAAAUGUGA